UGAAUAUACGAAUUUUCUAUCUAAAUCUAAAUUUUUUUUGAAAAAAAGAAACCCAAAUUCAAUCUCAUCUCUUUAGAAAGUAUAUAACUAGGACUCUUUUUAAAGAAAGCUUCCAUAGUUGUAAAACAAAAAAAGGUCGGUUCUUUGUUUCCUUCUUCAGAGCCACCGUUAUACUAAUCACCCAUUACUCCACAACCACGAUUUAGGGUUUUUCUCUCACACCAGGUUUUUCUCGCUCUCUAUAUCUGUUUAUAUAUAUAAUAUGGUGAUUUGUUUCUGAUUGGUAUUCGGUCAGAUUGGGUUUUUGUUGUUGGGGGCAUAUUUUGAUUUUGUGUUGUUUGGAUUGAUGGAAAAAUCAGAUCUUGUUGAGAAUUGUUGCGAGGAGUUGAGGAAGAAAAUGGCUUUGGGAAAGAGAUGUGGGUCGAAUGUGAAGCGUGAUAAUGAAGGAUUAGGGUUAGGGUCAGGGUUUGUUCGGUACACGAGGUCGAUGAGUGGGAAGAGGAUUGCUUUAUCGAGCAAUAUGGAGGUUGAUUCCACGGUGACAACACCCAGAAUGAAGAAACAUUGCAGUGAGAAAAUGAUGAGUUUUGACAAGUCUCUGCUUGAAGCCCUGCCUCAGGACAUUCUGAUUAGGAUAUUGUGCAAUGUUGAUCAUGAUGAUCUCAAGCAGCUUUUCCAUGUAUCGAAACCAAUCAGAGAAGCAACUUUAAUUGCGAAACAAUGGCAUUUCGCAUAUAGCACGCCUACAAAAACUUUAACUUUUCGGAAUUCUAUUGAUUUGGGAGAUGCUGGGGACAUUGAAGAGGUUGAGGCACCGAAUGCUCCGAAACAGUUUCGAAAUCAACGGUCACGAUUGAGCAGAAAGAAGCUGGCCGACAUCUCAGUGGCCUUGUUUGCUUCACCGGAAGAAGCUCAGUGGCCAAGGAAAGAUUUAUUUAUGGAAAUCGAAGCAGAAAUAUGAGAUUUGAGUUAUUGAUUGACAAAAAGUGUUUUGUAUAGUCAUUGUUGUACUUACUAAUUCGUAAUUGAUUGAAUUAGAGAAUUGAGAUCUGAUGAGCUGAUAGAAAGUCCUCUUUUUGGUUUUGUACAUUGUUUAGGUAUGUACAUUACAAGCCAUUUUCUUCAACCCUUUCAUUGAAGAUGGGUUGGCUUGUUUGUGUCUAUUUGUUUAUUUUUUUAUUUUUGUAUAUUUUAGGGAUUUGUUCAAUGGCCAUGCCUCCAAAGAUUUAGGGUGUACAGAUGACUCUGCAUACUCUUUCAUGUUGUUUUGAUUAAAUUAAAUAAAUAGAAUAUCCUCUUCCACUUUUCAUUUCA